CUAUGUGCAUUUAGGAACGCACUAUGUCGGCCAACCACAGUUCGCUUUGACACACCCUUUAAAUGUUACAUUUUUUUUGCCGAAUGCUAGUGAAACGGUCAACAAUUCCUUGUAACUCUGUGACCACUAUAGUUCCCUUUACUUAACAUUGUUGACGUAUUAUUUUUAACGUUCUUUUGCGCGUUGAUAAGAUCGAAACGAGCCAGCGAUUAUACGAUGACGGAACAACAAAUGGACUGCGCGCUAGAUCUGAUGAGGAGACUCCCUCCACAGCAGAUCGAAAAGAACCUGAGUGACCUCAUUGAUCUGGUACCCUCUUUAUGCGAAGACUUAUUGUCUUCCGUUGAUCAGCCUUUGAAGAUAGCAAAGGAUAAGGAAUCAGGCAGGGAUUACCUUCUUUGUGAUUACAAUAGAGACGGAGAUUCCUACAGGUCGCCAUGGAGUAAUACAUACGAUCCUCCUUUAGAAGAUGGAUCGAUGCCAUCGGAAAGGCUCAGAAAGUUAGAGAUAGAUGCCAAUCAUGCAUUUGACCAAUACCGUGAGCUUUACUUUGAAGGAGGUGUAUCGUCGGUUUACUUAUGGGACCUGGAUCAUGGAUUUGCAGGAGUGAUAUUGAUUAAAAAAGCUGGAGAUGGAUCUAAAAAAAUUAAGGGAUGCUGGGACUCGAUACACGUCGUCGAGGUGCAAGGAAAACCCAACGGAAGAAAUGCACAUUAUAAACUUACUUCUACGGCAAUGUUGUGGCUUCAAACAAAUAAGCAUGGUUCGGGAACUAUGAACUUAGGGGGAAGUCUUACUAGACAGGUUGAGCAAGAUCAACCUGUCAGUGAAACUUCUCCGCACAUCGCAAACAUUGGACGCAUGGUGGAAGACAUGGAAAAUAAGAUACGAAAUACACUAAACGAGAUCUAUUUUGGUAAAACAAAAGAUAUUGUUAACGGUCUGAGAUCAGUCCAGUCUUUGGCGGAUCAGAGACAACAAGCCGCCCUUAGGCAGGAUUUAGCCGCUGCACUUCAGAGGCGAAACGCAAACAAUUGAUCUCAAGAAACACCUGAGAGCUUCGAUUAUGAUUGUGAUUAGGAAAACAAAAAGGAAAGCAAGAGAUAGAAAGAGAGGCAGUGAGCAACCGAAGCGCGAUGUACACACUAAGUUGAUAUACUUUGUUAAUAUCUAGGUGAGAGUAAAUGCAGGGAAUUUGUUACGGGGCUGCUAAAGAGGACGCCGAGUUCACCUUCGUUAUUAGGACUGCCCACAGCAGCCAAUGUAUUUCUACGAAUAAAUGACAAUUUGUUAUGGAGUCUCACGUUGCAAUUGCCAACACUUCUGGUCUAACGGUGGUCCGCGGAGUGAUGGAUCUAGUUGGAGGUCCAUAGAUGGAAAGGAUAUCCGGUUGCGAAUCAUCCUCUUGAGAAGCUCCAUAAGAAGCCUCGGUGCCUAUUAUCUUACAGUUUUCUCCUGAAUGUUUCGCACUCCUGCCAGGCUCUUCGAAUCCUGGUUCCUCGCUUAUGCAUUUACUAGUUUAUUAUUAACACGUGUUCGCACGAGUGUCCGAUGUGUGUCAGUGAGCUCGCAGAGUCUGAUCGGCCAACCAAGUGCUUCUCGUGUGUUAAAAUAUUUUUCGUUAAAAUUCUAUGGACAUGUACGCUAUUGUGUGGAGAUUUAUUUUAUCCUUAACCGCAGAAAAUAUGGGGAAACGACUUGGGCAUUAAGGUAAUGUGAAGCCAACGGAAGUUCGGUAUUAGUGCAAGAUUGUAGUUUUUGUUUCCAAGAAUGUACGAUAAAAACAUUACUUUAUUGUUGAAAUCUUCACAUCACCUUAAUACCGAAGAGAAAAAUGUUAAUGUCAAUUGACACUCUGGGCAUACAUUGACAUCGUCCGUUGUCCGUGCGACUAAAUGUAUAGCGAUACGAUUAAGAGACUAUCCAAACUAAAUGGAGAAACAAUUCGGAAUAGACUCUGGACCGAUCUGAUUUGUAAAAUCUGAAAUCUGUACUACACAAUACGUACUCUUUGAUCGAAUAGAAUUUUUGUGCUGCGUA